AUGAAGAUGUUCUGUCGCACUUAUCAGCAGUGUAUCUGUUAUCUCUGCUCUGUGGAGGAACAUAAAGACCACGACACAGUGUCAGCUGCAGCAGAAAGGACUGAGAGGCAGAGAGAGCUCGGGCUGAGGAGACAAACAAUCCAGCAGAGAGUCCAGGACACAGAGAAAGACGUGAAGCUGCUUCAACAGGAGGAGGAGGCCGUCAAUGGCUCUGCUGAUAAAGCAGUGGAGGACAGUGAGGAGAUAUUCACUGAGCUGAUCCCUCUGCUGGAGAAAAGAAGCUCUGAUGUGGAGCAGCAGAUCAGAUCCCAGCAGGAAACUGAAGUGAGUCGAGUCAGAGAGCUUCAGGAGAGACUGGAGCAGGAGAUCACUGAACUGAAGAGGAAAGACUAUGAACUGAAGCAGCUCUCAGGCACAGAGGAUCACAACCAGCUUCUACACAACUACCCCUCACUGUCACCACUCAGUGGAUCUACACACUCAUCCAGCUUCAGGAUCCGUCCUCUGAGGAACUUUGAGGGCGUGACAGCAGCUGUGUCCCAGGUCAGAGGUCGACUACAGGACAUUCUGAGUGAGACAGAGACAGAGAUAUUACAGAUUGUGUCUCGAGUGGAUGUUUUACUGCGACAACCAGAGCCAGAGACCAGAGCUGACUUCUUAGAAUAUUCACAGGAAAUCACACUGGAUCCACACACAGCACACAGACAUAUUUUCCUCUCCUCCAGAGGAAACAGAAAAGUAACAUGUAUGAGUGAAUAUCAGUCUUAUUCUUAUCACCCAGACAGAUUCACUGGUUGGGAACAGGUCCUGAGUAGAGAGAGUCUGACUGGACGUUGUUACUGGGAGGUGGGGUUGGGGGGGAGAGCAGUUGGUGUAGCAGUCACAUACAAGAAUAUUAGCAGAGCAGGAUACUCACAUGAAUGUUUAUUUGGACACAAUGAUAAAUCUUGGUCAUUACAUUGUUAUGGAAACAGAUAUUACUUUCGUUACAACAGCAUCGGGACUCCAGUGUCAGGUCCUGUGUCCUCCAGAGUAGGAGUGUACCUGGAUCACAGUGCAGGUGUUCUGUCCUUCUACAGCGUCUCUGACACCAUGACUCUCCUCCACAGAGUCCAGACCACAUUCACUCAGCCUCUCUAUGCUGGAGUUAUGGUUUGUUGUCCUGGAAUGGAGGCUGAGUUCUGUGAACUCAAAUAG